AUGUAUAUUAAAUCUCCAACAGUAGCAUGUGACUCACCUCCUGACGCGCCAAAUGAUUUUUAUAAUUAUUACGGACUUCGUGGCGUACAGUACAAUCCUUUACUAUUCUAUCGCGCGGAACAGUUGGAAAAUCUAGAUAAUAAAUGUGUGCUAUUUUAUGAUUACAUGAGUUUGUUACCAACCAACGUUCCCAUAUUAUCGAAAUCAAUGAUUGUUCAAGCUCCACGUGGAGCCGGGAAGACGCAUGUUCGUGAAUGUAUAAUAUCACAGAUACCGAAAGAGCGUCAUAUUCAAUUAAAAAUAUAUGGUAAAACUGUCGAUCAGUAUUUGGAUAAAUUUUUGAGCAACAUUGAUGUUACUUCUGAGCCUCAAUCUAUAAAAAUACAGAAAUAUUGGACACAACAACGUUUUCUACAAUUGAUUUUAACUGAAUUGGUAUCGAAUUUCGUAAAUAGUAAAUAUUUGCAACUUUUGAAAGAAGAAAGAAGUCAUUUCUCAUUUCAUACUCGCGAAGAAAUUGCCACACUCUUGGCAUUCUAUACGACAACAGAUCCGGAUACAUUAUGUAAAAUGGUGAACAUACUAUUAUUUGAAAAAACCGAAUGUUUUGUAUGGGAUUGUAAUAUAAAAUGCGACAAAUUUCAAUCUACCGAUUUUGCUAAGGAUAUGUUCAUUUCAUUGAAAGAAAAACACAAUGAAAUCAAAGUGAAACGUCAUACGUCGACAACUACAGAUGUUGCAUUAAUGAUUUUAUUGGGUGUACACUCCAAAACCGGAGUAUCACCCCUGUUAUAUCUCCAAAACGAUUAUCGGGAUCAACUGACCUCGUUGAUUAGUUUUUUAAAUUCAAUGGGAGUUUCUAUUUCAGUCUUCGUGGAUUCACUGGAUGAAAGUAUUCACUUUUUUAACUCGGAAGAUACUAAUUUAGUUGCAUUACAAGCAUUCGUUAAUUCUGUAAUUGAUCCAGAAACGCUGCAUUUUGCAUUGGGCGAUUGGGGAGAAUAUAUGCACACCCAAUCGGCAUUAUCUUUUUAUGUUUUCAUACCUGAAGUGUCAGCUACUCCAAUAAAUAUUACAUGGGCUCGUAGGGAUAAAAUACCGAUAUUUACAUUAAAAUGGAAUGAACUCCAAUUAAUUAAUUAUGUCAAUUACAUAUUUGGUCAUCUACGAAAACAGUCAGCAGUGGCAUGCAAACAUUUACCAAACAUAUGCUCAGUAUUGGCUGGACAAGAAUUAUGUAUUAAAUAUAUGAAAAAAUUGCGUCAUCCUCGUGACUUUCAUAUAUUCUUUAAUAUUCUUAUUGAACAGAUCAACACUGUUUAUUCACAACGUGACCCACCAUUUAUCGCUACUGAACAAGAUUUAACUAAUGCAUUCGAAAAAUUACAAUAUCAUAUUUUAAAAGAAACAUUGAUGUAG